GCAAAGCCCCGACUCGGCUGCAGAGCCAGAGGACCUUGGAGUUGCCCAAAGACCGCUCUCGCCGACCGAGGGACUCCGAGAAGCGCUCUCGCUCUCGGCCGAUAUUUGCUCGAAUCCCAAGACAAUCGCAAUUCCACCCAUCAUCGUCCAUCAAGCGCCGCGGUGGUCAAUACGGCUGCCAAAAUGUCUGCUACGCCGACCGACUGCCGCCUGGGAUUCCUCUGGAAAGCCUCGCACCAGAUCUUUGCCAAGCACCCUGCGCUCUCCCGCUACUUGGCAUCCAAGUUCCUCGAUCUGUCGAAACGAAACGGCACGCCCCUUUCCGACACUGCCAAGAAGAGCGUCUGCUUCCGAUGCGGCACAUACGUGGUCCCUGGUGUUAACAGCAAGGUGGCGACGGUUCACCGUGCCCGAAAGCGCCGGCAAGAGAUUGGGGCUGCCGAAGCCGAGGCUGUUUCCAAGACCAGCCAGCAGAAGAGACUGAAGAGCGACGCUCCCAUCGCAGCGAGCGAGCCGAGCCAAUGCACAACCGCCGAGGAGAACCAACCCCACACCAAACCGACCUCGGUACCGGCCAGGUCGGCCACUGGCUCAGCCAAGCAGCCUCUGCCAAAGAAACCGAAAACGAUUCAUCUGUCCCUGAAUUCCGACCACAUGGCUGGUAUUGGAAGGCCCAGCCAGUCCGGCGAGCGAUCGCAGCCAUUAUCCAGCGGCGCUGAUGCCCAGAAGGAUGCUGUCCACAACCACAUGCGGGUAACCUGCUUGGUCUGCGAGACGCAAACGCAGUACACAGGGGCAACGGUUCUCCAGGCCGCUGCUGCCAUCUACAAACCGAAGCGAACAAAGUCAGUCCGGAAGACACAGCCCCAGAUCAAGCAAACCAGCACCGUCCUGCCGCCUUCUGGACCAGAGACGCUCCUGUCACGGCAGAUCAGCAGGGGCCAAAAGGACACUCCGGCAUUCACUGUGCCUGCAAAACUCUACGGACGGAGCCUUGCCGAUUACGAGCCGGCCUCAGCUCCGACCAGCUCGGUUUCCAAGGGCCCCGCCAUUCCAGCCAAGGGUGGGGCCGCCAAGAAGUCCGACCGCAAAAAAGGACUCAAGGCCCUGCUGGAGCAGAAGAAGGGCCAGAGCCGCGAGCCGGCCAAGACCGGGUUGACCCUGAACGACUUUCUGUCAUCGCUGUGAGACACAAGCAGUAGGAUUAUACGUGCAAUUUGGUGCUGCUCGACGUGUAAGUCAGCCGGGUUUCGCCGACGA